UUUUGCGGCAUUUUUUUGUGAAAUUCUUGAAGAGGUUUUUUUUAAAGUAAAAUUAGUGAUUCUAUUAAAAGUUGAAGCCUUGUUGAGUUCGUUAGUGGAUUAUCAUGGGCUGGCUUCCAUUGAGGCAAAUCCUGGGCUUCCAGACCAGAAUAAUUGCCCACCGACUCAAAAUGUCCACCGCGCCCCCGCCCCCGAAACCGCCCUCCCAGCACAACUUGGUUUGGAUCGAUCUGGAAAUGACGGGCCUCAACGUGGAAACGGACCGCAUCAUCGAGAUCGCCUGCAUCGUAACGAACAAAAACCUGGACGUGCUGGAGCGGCCCGACGUCGUCAUCCACGAACCCGCCCAGGUCAUGGAAGCGAUGAACGAGUGGUGCAAGGUGAAUCACGCCAAAACCGGACUCACCCAGGCGGUCGCCAAUUCGAAGGUGACCCUGGCGGAAGCCGAGCAGCAAGUGUUGGACUUUGUGAAGCGACACUGCCCGGAGAAGGCGUGUCCGCUGGCGGGAAAUUCGAUCUACAUGGAUCGGAUGUUUUUGAACCGGUACAUGCCACGUUUGAACGACUACCUGCACUACCGGAUAGUGGACGUCAGUACGAUCAAGGAGGUGUGCAAGCGCUGGAACGGGUCGAUCUUUAGCCAUGCGCCGCCGAAGAAGCUGGCGCAUCGUGCGCUGGAGGACAUUGAGGAGAGCAUCAAGGAGCUGAAAUACUACAAGCAGUACAUGUUUCAGGGAAGUCGCUAAGCGUGGGUUGGGAUUGGGUUGUUAAUUUAUUGUAGGAUACAAAUUUGAUGCUCGAAAUAAUUUAGAAAUGAUUAAUAAAGGUAAUUUCAUCAA